AGAGGAAAGGUCUCUUGAGCUUUGCACAAAGAGGAAUUAUUUGCAUACCAACGUGUUAGCUUUUCCAUGCUGAAGAUGGACCAUGCAAACAUGACCCAAGCCAUGCUUGAUGCUGAAUCCCGCAACACAGACAAGAAUAGCAGCAAUGAGUAUUUUUACAUCCUGAUCGUCAUGUCUUUCUAUGGGAUCUUCCUGAUAGGGAUAAUGCUCGGCUACAUGAAAUCCAAAAGAAAAGAGAAGAAGUCCAAUUUGCUUCUGCUCUACAAAGACGAGGAGAGAGAAUGGGGGGAAGCUGUGAAGCCUCUACCAACCAUAUCAGGGCUGAAAUCUGUCCAGAUCCCCAUGAUGUUGAACAUGCUGCAGGAGAGCAUGGUGCCAUCCCUGUCCUGUGCCAUCUGCUCAAUGGAAGGCAGCAGUGUGAGCUCCGAAUCUUCCUCCCCAGAUGUGCACUUCACCAUCCAGGAGGAAGUGCUGGAUGCUGAACUGGGGGAAGUGUCAGAAACCCUCCUCAAUGAGAGCAGCGAAGGAUCUGCGGAAAACAUCCACAAGAACUCCUAGCACUUGCAGGGCUCUCUUGAUCAGCUGCAAAAGAGUGAGUGGAGCUCCCACUAAGAACUUUCAGUUCUACUUUCGUGCUCUCCAAUGAACUCUGAACCAGGUGUCUGUGCCUCUGGGCCCAAGGUGUUCCUGAGAGCUGUCAGGACAAGGAAGCAGUGGUACUCAACUCCAAAGUGUAACUUGCACAU